AACUUCCAAACUGAAGGGCCGACCCUAUUUGAGAAAGGCAGGCGACAAAACCAAUAUCUUUCUUAUUCGAUCGUUUUGCAACUUACAACUAUAUAUAAAACAUCGGGGAGGGAAGGUAUCAAAACUCAUAAGCUUAUAAUCAGAAAAAAGGAGAAAGAUGCAGGGCCAUGUCUCACAGGAUACUCCGGUUGGUGUUCCGGCAGCUUUAAUAUGGGAUGUAUACCGUGGUCUGGAGCUGGGGAGGCUUGUGGAUAAACUAGCACCGGAGGUUCUUGGAAGGGUAGAAUUCCUAGAAGGUGAUGGAGGCGUUGGAACCAUUGCCAAACUAACACUUCCACCAGGCACCCCUGGAAGGGGUUACAUGAAAGAAAGAUUCACAAAGAUUGAUGAUGAAAAUCGAGUUAAAGAAACAGAAGUGCUUGAAGGAGGAUACAAAGAUCUUGGAUUCGAUGUGGUUCGUAUUCGGUUAGAGAUAGUGGAGAAAGAUUCGGAAUCAUGUAUGGUGAGGUCAACUAUAGAGUAUGAAGGAGACGAGAAGCUUGCCGAUGUUGUUUCCCAUGUCAACGUUAAGCCACUGGAAAUGAUGGCUGAAAUUAUUGGGAAACAUCUCUGCCAAAACAAAUCCACUCACUAGGACUUUCCCUUUCCAUGUUCCAAUCCAACUACUUCGUUUCAUUGCUCAUUUCUCAUGUAUAUCCAAGAUAUAAUGGAUAUAGAGAGUAUGUUUGAGGUUUAUAAUUGUCCUUUUAAUAAUGUUAUCUUCAAAAUUCGAAUAUAUAUUUUCUCCUUAAAAAUACAA